UUUCAAAUUAUUUAAACAAAUUUAAUUUGUGAAAUCACGCAGAAACGUGGUUAAUGGAGGCCGCCAUAUUUUGGAUGAAAACAAACUUGUUGAAAGUCGAAACCUGCAUUACUGUUUCGUAAUUUAUCGUGAUUCACCAAUAACAAUUUGUACUAAAAUUUAAAGGAAAACUUAGUUUGAAAUUAAAACUGUCAUUUAAAAUCAUGGACGAUAGGGGUAGCCCGUCAUCAUCUCUAAACUCAGCGAGCACCGGCGACACAGGUCAUCUCUUGCAUGAGCUUAUGAACUUGCAGAAAUCAAAUGCCAUGUCCAGUGCAAGUAUUUCAUCCACAUUGAAUAUGAGAGAAAGUGCUGAUGUACCAGGACCAGGGGAGGCAACUGCUCCAACAAUAAAUGAACUUAUGCAGACAUUCUACAGUCACAGCCAGCCUUCUCAUAGGCAGCUUAUAACUUUACAAGGAUCUGAUACAGUCAACAGUUUCAGUGUAUAUGGACAGGAAGUAGAUGUAGUAGCUAGUAAGCCCAUGAGUACUGGUAUCUUGUCACAGCCAACAACAGGCAGUAAUAAGGUUAAAAUUACACCAGUUGUGAAGUAUGAUUGGGAGCCAUUAUUUUACGUAGGGAACCUUGUAGCUAUCCAUCGUAAUAACACAUAUGCUGCCUAUACAUUAAGAGGAAAGUCAGGUGGUGUUGUCAGGAUUAUUAACAGGAAGACUGCAGAGAGAGCACUAUUGAAAGACUUUGCUGGUCGUGUUAUAGACAUUGCCUUUGCUCACACUGAUGAUAUUUUAAUUGGUGCCGUUGAUGAGAUUGGUAACCUUAUGGUGUACCAUGUCAAAGAAACAGAUGAUAGGAAACUAAUUGUCUUAUUGUCUUUGCACAUUAGACGACCAGAUGGUGAACAGCCAUCAGAAUUCCACCGUGUUAUCUGGUGUCCAUUUAUACCUGAUGAUUGUGAUGAUAGUAGCAUGACUGAAUCUUCUACACAGGAUGCUUCUAGAGUAUUGGUCUUGACACAUAAUGAAAAAGCAGAAAUAUGGAAUAUUGAACUGGUCACCAAAGAACAUGGUAAUGGACCACUGGACGCAGAAGAUGUGGAUUUUGGUUUGAUUAAAAUUACUAGUCACACACAGCCUGUAAUGGAUGCUGCUUUCUCACCAGAUGGCACUGCAUUAGCCACAGCUAGUCUGGACGGUGAAGUCAAGUUCUUCCAAGUUAAUAUGAAUGAAAGUACUUCGCCAAGAUGUUUACACCAAUGGAAACCACACGAGGGUAAAAAGUUGUCUUCCCUUUUCUUCCUGGAUGAUCAUAAAAAUUCUAGUCCUGAUGCCCAGUUUUGGAAAUUUGCUGUCACAGGAGCAGAAAAUAAUCAGGAGAUCAAAAUAUGGAGCUGUGAAUCCUGGACUUGUUUACAAACAUUAACCUUUGUUUGUGCUCCUGGACUGCCAUCAAAUUUUCAGAUAGAUCCCUGUAUGAAAGCAGCUUUAGACCUUGGUGCCAAAUACCUCAUUCUUACUGAUAUUAAAAGAAAGGUUCUAUAUGUAUUACAGAUUUUUCAAGACAAUACAAAUAACACUGCCCAUUUUAGUUCGAUCUCAGAAUUUAUCUUAGCCCAGCCAUGCCUUAGCUUUGCCAUUCUUGAUGCCAGUAAAAAGAGGUUUAAAAAGACAGGAGAUGACUCUAACCUUGAUGAUAUCACAACAGGUGAACUAAUCAAAGAUGACAAUGAUGAUAAUGAACAGAAACCAGAUGUUACUUCCUCAGGUGUACAGAUAAGACUGUACACUGUACAUCCCAAAGCUUUACAGGAACUACAGAUCAGAUUCCAGCCAGAAUCUUCUGCUCCACCUCCACCCACGCCAUCGAUCAGUACCGUGUCACAUGAUGAUACAGGUAUUCAAGAUGCUUUAUCAGAUCUUAGUAUGGAUACUAAUAUUCACAAUAAUAGUCAAGAUCUAUCUCAUCCAUUACUGCUGACUCCUGAUGCCUUUACCUCUAGUCCUAGAAAAGCACAAGCAGAUACCACAGUGGAACAAACUAGAACCAGUAUGGGAUCCAGUACAAGUUCAUUUACUCAUGUUACUGGUUUACAAGAAGAACUUUACUCUCCUCGUAGUAGUCAGGGGAACCAGUCUGUUAUUUCAGAAGGCAGUACCAUCACUCAAACUCCUAACUCAAAAGAAUUCUCUCCGCAUAUUGUUAAUGGGGAGACAACUCCAGGAUCAGUUCCGUUACCACCAGUGUCGUCUACAGAAGAAAACGAGCUAGAGACACCGAAGUCUAAAGCUCAGUCUGGAGAAAACACUCCCAUAUCAUUAGAAAGACUAAAUAAUGUUUGUAUGGAUGAUUUCUUUGAUACACAGGGUAGUCGUCAGACCAGUGAAAGGACCCUUGACACUGCCAGCACAACUGGAUUUGAGGUUGUCGAGGGAAGUCAGAAACCAAAAAGUCCUAAGGAAUCAUUUGAUGAAAAUGAUGAAGAAGUUGCUGAAGUUUUAGGUGAAACAUAUGAUGAAGAAGAAGAAAGCAAAGAUGUGGAAGGAACUCAGCCGUUUGUUGAACAGUCUUCUGAGAAGAGUGACAUGGAAUCUACACAAGGAAGUGAUAAGGUCAUCAGGGCUUGGCCCCUGCCACCAGAUGUCAGCAGUGAACAGGGGGAGGAAGAGGAAGAAAAUGAACAAUGUAAUUAUCAUGAUCAGGAUGAGGAUGUACAAGUAGAGGAAGAGGAGGUGGUAUGUGAGGAAGAGGAGGAGGAAACCAGUAGAGAGAAAGAGGAACCAGUGCCAGAGGUCAGCAGUGAAGAAAUAGAAGAACAUAUAUUGGAGGAACAAUCUGAAGAAUCAGAACAGGAAGGACCUAAAGAAGCACCAGUGGCAGAGAAAGUCAAGCCUCAAAUAAUAAUUAAAGAAGUACCUAUUAGAAUCCAGGAAGUUAGAGAGAUUGUCAGAGAAACAGUAGAUAGAAAGGCUUUGUCCCAGCUUCAAGAUAACAUACAGAACAUCCUUAAUGCCUUGGAAUCUCAAAAUGGUGUGAUAGAAAGACUGCAGGAGCAAUUAGCUGACCAACAGGAGAAACAGAAUGAAUUACAGAGACAACAGAUAGAGAUAGAACAACUCCGACACAUGUCACAACAACCUCAGCCAAACAUUGAGGAACAUUUAGGCAAAUUAGAGGGCAUUGUUACAUCUCGUGUGGAGAGAAUGUUUACUCAGCAUGCUCAAAAAGAGAAUCAGAGAAUAAAUCAGAUCAUGCAGCAGUCUGAGACGAGAGAAAAGCAGCGACACGAACGAUUGCAACACACACUGGUACAAACAUUACAGAAAUCUGUAGCCAGUAAUGUGGAGGAUCAAGUCAGGGAUGAAAUGAGGAAUACUGUCUUACCAGCUGUAACAAGGUCUUUAGAACCUGUUAAAGAUCAGCUGCAUCAAGAAUUGGCACAGAAAUUAACAGCCACAGAUUCAUUACUGAAAGAUAAUAUUGGUAAAAUGAUUAGAUCUAGGCAAACAACAGAAGCCAUAGGAUUAGCUGCAGGCAAUGCUUUACAGACUCCAAUACAGGCAGCAUAUCGAGAAGCAUUCCAGAAUAUUGUUAUACCCAACUUUGAUAGGGCCACGCAAAAUAUGUUCCAACAAGUCAACGAAGCAUUCACCAAAGGGACAAAAGAAUAUAUUAGAACACUGGAAACUCAUUUGGACAUAAUUAAACAGAAGCAUACUGAGGCCAGAGAUCCUAUUGUAGCACAGAUGAGGAAAUUAGCUGAUUCUUUCCAGAGUUCUGCUGAAACAAUAAAAGCACAAGUCACAGCUAGUAUCCAGUCUCAGGUCCAAAAUGAAAUGCAGAAUUCCUUCCUUAGUCUGCAAGAAACUUUGAUCAGAGCUGUAAGGCAAGCUGUAAAAGAUGAAGUUAAUACUGCUGUACAGGAACAAGGUGCUACUAUUAGUAGUAAUGUACUUGAUGCCAUGAGAUCAGGGGCUGUAACUCCUGUACCUACCAGUCCUGAUCCACAACAAGCUAGAACACAUAUCAUGCAGUUACUGAGACAAGGGCAAUUAAAUGCUGCAUUUCAACAGGCUUUGUCAGCAGCUAAUCUAGAACUUGUAGUAUUUGUAUGUGAGACUGUGAACCCUGCCCAGAUAUUCAACCAAACACCCUGCCCACUAGAACAGCCAGUAUUGCUAUCCCUUAUCCAGCAGUUGUCUGCUGAUAUCGGUCAAAAUACAGAACUUAAACAUAAAUAUUUAGAAGAAUCUGUGAUGAAUUUAGAUUUGACGAAUAAGAUAACACAGGAGCACAUGAGAGGAGUGUUGUACAGUCUUAUACAGAAACUAAAGAACUAUAUCAGUCAGCAUCCCAAUGAUAAGACAUGUAGACAUCUUAAAAUGUUACAGAUGGCCUCAGAAUCUUUGCUGAAGUAGAUGUUCUAAAACUGAAAUAAUGGAUUUUAAAAUUUAAUUAUGUCAAGACUUAAAGUUAAGAUUGAUAGUAUAUUGUUGUAGUUGAAAGAUUUCCGAUGAUAUAUUGUUGUAGUUGAAAGAUUUUCUAUAAUCAGAGUAUUUCUUUUUUUAAAGAAAAAAAUAUUUUAAAAUAUCAUGUGUCAUGAUGGUAAAAAAUUCAGAUUUUCUAAUGAAGGUAUAAAUGGUUACCUCUCUUUUUUAUUUAAAACUUUCAUCUCAAAUAACUCAUGUUUAUACGCAUCAUUAUAUAAUACAACUUUUAUAGAUGUUUUUCUCUGACCUUCCAACCUCCAUAUGGUUGUAUUGAUGUUGACAUUUUUUAUCUCCUGGAAACUAAGACAUAUUUGGAAUAGGGAUCGUUUAUUUUCAACUUAUGAGUUUGAAUGUCCCUUUGGUAUCUUUUGCCUCUCUUUUGGAAUAGAGAAAUUUGAUCUUGCAUUUAUCUAUGAAGGUACACUGUAGUAUACAAAAUUAGAAACAAAACUAUAAAUUUAAUCUUCUCUCAUAUUAAACCAAUAAGGAAGCUGAAGAUACAAAAUGAAUAAACAGAUUAUAUCACUUCACCCUGAGCAGAUUUAAAUUUGUUCUGGUUAAAAAAAAAUUGAUGGAGAACAAAAGUGGUUCAUUUUGUAAUAUAAAAUUUUUCAGUGUUUGGGAACACAAAAACGUGAAACAUAUUCCUAUAACAUUUUUUUUUUUAUGAAAUUCAAAUGAAGUGAAAAUUGUUGUCAGUUACUUUUGUGAUAACUACAAAGCCAAUUCAUUCUUCUUCAAUAUUUUGUAAACAGUAAGGCACUUAUAAGGGCGACAGAAAAAUUAUACCAUAAACACAUCAUUCAUUUAUAGGAUGGUGAAUAAACUUGAAUAUGUUCUUACGGUAAUUUUUUAAAAAUGAAAAUCAAAGGUCAAAGUUAAAUAUUCCCAUGUGGCUACUUGAAAAUGAUCAAAGAAAGUAAUCUGGUAAAAGUUGUUUAGAUGUACAAUUUAGCAUAGUCAUAAACCUAGCUAAUCAUUAUUUUAUUCAUGAAAACUUCAUUCAGUUGGUAUAGAGGCGAAUUUAAUUAGAAAAUACAUGUCUAUCGUAUCAGGUUUUCAUAAGUUAUCAUGGUUCAAAUUUGUGAGGAAAAGUUAUGGUUCUAUGUUGUUAUGUUUUAUGAAUAUUGUAUAUUUUUGUAUCAGUAUUUUUUUAUGCUGCCAAAAUGUACGACCAUGCAAGUGCCAUGUAGCAUUUAGUUAGUAUUCAUCCAUGAAGGAUGUGACACUAUUUAGUGUAAUAAAAUCAGAAAUUCAUUUUAUGUAAAUUUUUUUCCAAUUUGAUUUCAUUGCAAAAUCCUGUAUUUUUUAUAUACAGCUUUCUGAUGUGUUGCAGUACACUGUCCUUUUAAUCUGUUUUUCUAUUGUUUGAUAUUUAGGAAUACUAUUGAUAAAAUUCAAAUUGUAAAAAAUAUAAUGUGAAGAAAAUAAAAAGAUAUUUUUUUUUUUUCACCUGUAACAAUUUUCAUUCAUUUAUUUACCCUGAUUUUGAUCUUAUUUAUGACGAGGAAUAUUUUGUCUGAUUUGUUCUAAAUUGCAAAGUUAGGGAAAGAGAAUCCUCAUGAAAAUUUUCCAAUUUAGUUGACAAAUAAGAUUUGUUUAUUACAAACUUCACAAGAGCUUUAUUUUUAAUGAACUAAGGAGAAGAAUCUUUUAUAGAGUAGAUGUAGUAUCAUUGUCAUUUGUAGUUAAUCAUUUUUAUAAUAUUUUGUUUUAGUUCUGUCAGCUUGGCAUUACUGUGAUACAGACAGACAAGAAGUCUGUUAUAAUAAAAUAAUACAAAACUCCA